AUGAUUUUUAAUGAUAGUGUUUCAAUACAAGCUGUUAAUGGUAAUGGAGAUCUAAUAAGGAAUGAGGGAGCUGUAUCUUGCAAGGAUCAAGCUGUUGGUUCAAGUUUGAAUAUUCAUGAUACUCCAUAUUUGAUUCAUUGCUACCCCAUUGAUAUUAUGGGAAUAGAAUCGGUGCAUGUGUUAGCUGUCCCACAAAAUGGAUCUCUCAUCUUUAAUCCAAGUCAUAAAGGAAAGGGAUUGACACUCUUGAUUGUAAUGAUGGUGAUGAUAUUUAUUGCUAUCUUGAGUUUUCUAUUCUUGAAUCUUGGAGUGACAAAGAGAGAAAUGCAUUUGUGUGCAUCACUCAUGCAACAAAAGGAAGCCACAGAACAAGCUGAGAGAAAGAAUACCAAUAAGAGCCUUGCUUUUGCUACUGCUAGCCAUGAUCUUCGUGCUUAUCUUGCUGGCCUUAUUGGUUUGAUUGAAAUGUCUUCUAAAUUAGUUGUUACUAAUUCAAAAUUGGAGACCAAUUUGAAACCAAGUUCAGAAUUGGAGACCAAUUUAAAACAAAUGGAUAAUUGUGCCCAAGAUUUGCUUGGACUGUUAAAUUCUAUACUGGACACAAGCAAGAUUGAGGCAGGAAAAAUGCAACUAGAGGAAGAGGAAUUUGAUUUAUCCAAUCUCCUUGAGGAUGUAGUUGAUUUGUACCAUCCAAUGGCAAUGAAGAAAGGUGUAGAAGUUGUAUUGGACUCUUGUAAUGGCUCAGUGAUCAAACAUUCACGUGUGAAAGGUGAUAGGAGAAAAUUGAAGCAAGUUUUGUGUAACUUGCUAAGCAAUGCUGUUAAAUUUACUGAUGAAGGGCACAUAACAGUUAGGGCAUGGACUCAGAAGGCCAAAUUGCAGAACUCAAAAACCAAGACUAACCACAAGAGUGUUAUGAAACAUUUGUCUUGGUUGUUUAAUAAGAAAGACAAAGAAUGUGAAGACAUAGAAGCUGUGAAUUUAGCCCAACAAGAUCCAUGUCUUAUGGAUUUUGUAUUUGAAGUGGAUGAUACAGGGAAAGGAAUUCCUAAAGAGAAUCACAAGUCAGUGUUUGAGAAUUAUGUUCAAGUCAAAGAGAAUUCUGUUGGUCAAGUAGGAACUGGCUUGGGACUUGGGAUUGUGCAGUCAUUGGUUCGUUUGAUGCAUGGAGACAUUGGUAUUGUGGACAAGGAAGUUGGCAAAAGAGGAACAUGCUUCAAGUUCAAUGUGCUUCUCACCUUAUGUGAGAAUGAGACAGUGAAUUAUGAGUAUGGAUCAACCGCAGGUGACAAAAGCCAAACUCUAGAGAAAAAGUUAACAAUUCGCACUGCUAGUUCUGGUUCAAGCAUUUGUUCUUUGAGUCCAAAACUCCAUGUUAGCCCCUCUCAGAGGCCCGAGCCUUCACAUGUCAUUCUUUACAUUACUGAUGAGGAAAGAAGAAGAACUUCGCAGUUGUUCAUAGAAAGCUUAGGGAUUAAAGUCAAGGUUGUGAAGAGUAGAAACCAUCUAGUUCAUACUCUCAAGAAGAUCAAAAAAGAAAAGGGUGACCAUCUCAGUGAUCAAAGUUCACCGGAGUCUUCGGAGAUGAGUUCUAGGUGUACAUCUUAUAGCUCUUCUUGUAGUAGAAGAGUUCCUUUCAAAGCUAUGGAUCAUGGAAAUGAAUAUCUAUCUUCGAUGUUCAAGAAAAACAAUGGAGCUGCACCAAGUUUUGUUCUGAUUAUCAUUGAUGCAAAUGCAGGACCAUUUUCUAAGCUUUGUAAGAUUGUGUCAAACUUCAAGAAAGAUCUUCUCAAUCCUAGUAAAGUUGUUUGGUUGGAAAAGCCUUUUGAGAGUAGUGUUGAUUACCAAGCAAUUGAUCAAGAUGAUAAUGUGAUAUCAAAACCAUUUCAUGGUAGUAGAUUGUUCCAAGUUAUUAAGCUUCUUCCUGAGUUUGGUGGUAGUUGGAUAAGCAAUUCUAGUAAACCAAGAAAUGAAUUGAGAUCACAAGAACCAACCAAUGAUGAAAGUGUGUGUCUAAGUGUGGGACAAUGCUGGAAGGGAACACAAAAAUCCUAUGUUAAAAUGGGAAGAAAAGGUUCUGUUCAUCAAGGUGAAAUAGAAGAAUCUGGAGGAGAAUCAAGCAAUCCUGAACCAUUAAGUGGAAAGAAGUUUUUGGUUGUUGAUGAUAGUCCUAUGCUGAGAAAGAUUUGUAUGGCUACUUUGAGAUCUCUUGGUGUGACUACUAUUGACCAAUGUGAGAAUGGUGAAGAGGCUGUGAGAACUGUUCAAGAGGGUUUAACCAAGGAUUUUACUAAUCCUCCUUAUGAUUAUAUCUUAAUGGAUUGUCAGAUGCCAGUGAAGGAUGGGUUUGAGGCAACAAGGGAGAUAAGAGAGAUGGAGAAACAGUAUGGUCUUCACAUUUCUAUCAUUGCAUUAUCUGCUGAAAUUGACAAGCUGACCACAGAGACUGGAAUGGACUUCCACAUUACCAAACCUAUCAAGAAAGAGCAUUUACUUAAAGCUAUUACAUACAUAGAGAAUAGUGACAUAUUGUAA